AUGAAAAUCAUCCCCAAUAUCCUCUCAAGGCUCUCUGUUCGUAGCAUUGCAAUUAGCAAGUGUGUUUGCAAAGCAUGGCUCAAUCUACUUGAUGAUUUCAUCGAUUCACAUCUUUCCAUAUCCACCCCUACCCUAGCUGUAAUGAUGCCGUUGCCGGAUGCAUAUCAGUGCGAAGUUUUCGAACUGGAAGACGAACUCGAUCUCCGCCAUGGCUACGGUCCACUCACCGAGUUCGAUUCCCCCGACGAAGCAACGAUAGAAGGCUCUGCUAACGGUUUGCUCUUUCUACACAAUCUCGAAGCCGAUUUCGAUAUUUUCUAUGUAUGCAAUCCGGCUACUCGUGAAUUCUGCGAGCUCCUCUCGCUUCCUCAAGGAAUCACGUAUGGAUUUGGAGCGAGCAAAAUAACUGGCCAACAUAAGGUAGUCUGUAUUAGCCCCAAAAUGGAUUGUCAUGUUUACACUCUCGGAACAAGUUCAUGGAGACGCGUUGAAGCUGCCACCGCCUCGUUUGAUUACAGCUAUAGUAUCUUUGGCUCAUUCGUUAAUGGCAGUCUCCAUUGGAUAGUAUCCUCAGAUUCUGAUGACACAUAAUGGAUUUGUUGCUUUGAUGUUGAGAAUGAAUGCUUUAGCACCUUUCCUGCUUCUCCGCCUCUUCGAGACUGCAGAUUGGAUAGUCGCAGGCGCUUGUUUGCUUAGAGGGAUUGCAUGUGCUUCUAUCAUGUUACAAUGAGAUUGCUAUAUGGUUGAUGAAGGAAACUUGGUGCAUGGAUCGUGUCAUCCGUGUGAAGCCUUAUUAUGGUAGGUAUGGCUUCGCAUAUGUUCAGCCUAUUGAAGUAUUCGGAAAUGGUGACAUCUUGAUGUUGUGUGAUGCCAAGAUAUUCAUGUACUAUUCCAACAAGACUAAGACGGCCCAAGAGAUUGGUGCUUUCUUUGGUGCGAAGAAGAACUGUAUCACCUCCGCGAUGCUAUAAUACUGCGUAUUCAGAGGGCUAUAAUGCAGAUUUAAGUCUCAUUACUCAAAUGUGCCCCCACUUCUGUGAAAAGAAUCGGCUUCUUCAACACACUUUCACCAUCACUUAUAUGAGCAUCUACCCAUCUUGAAAGGUACUUCACUUUUGCUUCUAAAUCUGCCUCUGGGAUCCUACAACGUUACAAUCCAAUAAUACUGCGUAUUCAGAGGGCUAUAAUGCAGAUUUAAGUUUACAAGAAACAUUCUAAUUGUGUUCAGAAAAAAUAGUGCUGGUGUGAGUUACAAACCAGCUGUGAGGGUAUGCAUGGACUGAGGCAAAAUCUAUGUCUUUGAUGGCAGAAUUCUUUACAAAGUCUGAUCCAAGCAUCGCUGCCCACUUCCCUGGAUUUGCUCUGUGACUAUCAUUUGAGUUCAGACUAUAAUCCCCUUCGAGUCCAACCGUUACUAGAUGUUUUUAGUCCAAACUCGUAGUUGAUUUUGCUUUGUUGGUUGAAUCGUGUUUUGAUCUCGUUUUCUUG